AUGCGGUUGAUCAUCCGUGACGAUGCCGAGGGCGCCAGUGCCUACGUCGCCAACUACAUCAUCAACCGCAUCAACACCUUCCACCCCACUGCCGAGAACCCCUUCGUGCUCGGCUUGCCCACUGGCUCCAGCCCCCUAGGCGUGUACAAGAUCCUGGUUGAGAAGUACAAGGCCGGCGCGGUCUCAUUCGAAAAUGUCAUCACCUUCAACAUGGACGAGUACGUGGGCAUCCCCCGCGACCACCCCGAGUCCUACCACACCUUCAUGUGGAAGCACUUCUUCUCCCACGUAAACAUCCACCCCUCCAACGUGCACAUCCUCAACGGCAACGCGCCCAGCCUCGAGGCCGAGUGCGUCGCCUACGAGGACGCCAUCAAGCGGGCCGGCGGCAUCGACCUCUUCCUCGCGGGCAUCGGCGAGGACGGCCACAUCGCCUUCAACGAGCCCGGCUCCAGCUUGGCCAGCCGCACCCGUGUCAAGACGCUGGCCUACGACACCAUCCUGGCCAACUCGCGCUUCUUUGACCACGACAUUAGCAAGGUGCCUCGCAUGGCCCUGACUGUCGGUGUCCAGACUGUGCUCGAGGCCAGAGAGGUUGUCGUCAUCAUCCUGGGCCAACGCAAGUCGCUUGCCCUGCAGAAGUGCAUCGAGGAGGGCGUCAACCACAUGUGGACGCUGUCCAGCCUGCAGCUGCACCCCCACCCUAUGAUUGUCGUGGACGAGGAUGCCACUCUGGAGCUCAAGUACUUCAAGAGCAUCGAGAAGGUGGCCAUGGACGCCGGCUUCGAGCAGAUCCUGCCGUCCAAGGUCCGCACCGGCAACGGCCCCAUCCCCCAGACCAAGGUCGAGGAGGUGUCGUCGCCCACCAUCCACGCUCCCCAGCCCACCACCUCGCGCCUGCUCCGGGCCACCCCGGCGACCGAGUACCCGAUCCGGUCCGUGUCUCCGGACCUGGUGCCGGAUCGCAUGGCCUCCCGCAUCCCCGAGCCCCACCUGACGGACAGGCUGACGCCGAACCCUGAGCAGCAGGCUGUUCAGAACCCCAUUACUGCUUAG